AAAUAUCAAUCAAAGUAAUUUGUAUCGUCCUACGUCUUAUCUAGUUCGCGCGGUGCUAUCUGGUGCCGUGCUUGUGUUUAAAACUGAAUCUUUUGCUACUUAAAUAUUGAAAUAGUGGAAUAUAACGAGGGACAUCUCAUCCAGGUGAUCCAGGAGCAAUGUCAUGUCUGACGAGCCCAUGCCCGGCGUACGCUCAAGGCGCCGCCGGCGCAGCGUUCGCGAACCUCAUCACGCACCUGCUCGCUGCUCAGUGCCUGGUCACUGAAGACUGGCCCCAGGACCGAACUGAUGAGGUUUCAGAUGGAGACUCAUUCGACUUCAUUAUCGUCGGCGCGGGCACGGCGGGGUCUCUCCUGGCAUCCAGGCUGACGGAGGUCGAAGACUGGAAAGUGCUGCUCUUGGAAGCUGGCGACGAUCCGCCUAUAGAGUCCAUUAUUCCGAAUUUUUCUGGAGCUACUCACAGAAGCAUAUACGGGUGGCAAUAUUACACAGAAAUAGAUAAUACUACCAACAGAGGGAGCAGAGACGGAAGGUCUUUUUGGCCCCGCGGCAGGGUCCUCGGAGGCACUGGAUCGAUCAAUGGCCUGCUGCACAUGAGAGGCAGUGCUGGAGAUUACAAAUCUUGGAACUUUGACGGAGAGUGGGACUGGCCGACUAUUAAGGAAUACUUCAAAAAGUCUGAAAAAAUAGUAGAUCCGUUCAUCCUAAGUGACCCUGAACUCAAAGAAAAUUAUGGAACGGAUGGCGAAUUUGUUAUUGAUCAACUAAACUUCACGCAUCCUCAAAUAGUUGACAAACUAACACAAGCUUAUGAAGAACUUGGACUAAAGUACUUGGAUGACAUAAACGGCCCUAGCCAACUGGGCGUAGGUAAAAUAAGAGGAGGCAACCAUAAAGGCAAAAGGGUUAGCACGGCCACCGCCUUUCUCAACCAAGCUAAAGACCGAAAGAAUUUGUUCGUGUUAAAAAAAUCUUUCGUUACUGAAGUCAUUAUUGACGACGAAUUCGUUGCUCGAGGUGUUAAAGCUGUCGUGAAACCGGGCAUCGGAGUUACAUUUAACGCUAAUAAAGAAGUAAUUUUAUGUGCUGGAGCGAUAAACACGCCAGUGCUAUUGAUGGUAUCUGGCGUGGGACCUAGAAAGCAUUUAAGUAAGUUUGGUAUAAGUACUAAAGCGUCUCUACCUGUUGGCAGAAAUCUGCAGGAUCACGUCAGAAUUCCGAUUCCUGUAACAAUUGACACAGGUGCUAAGUCAAAAGAUGAAAUAUACUGGCUAAGAGCAGCCGCUCAAUAUUUACUAGAUCAAACUGGACCGCAUGCUACAAAUUACGAUCAACCAAACAUAAACGCUUUCUUAGCACUUUCUGAAAAUGCCACAUUGCCUGAUGUACAAGUAGAUCAUAAUUAUUUUGUACCAAACACUUCAUACGUUUACUCAAUGUGCUCGGAUAUAAUGUCUUUCCAAGACAACAUUUGUAAGCAAUUUGAGAGUUUUAACGAAAAUAAAGAAUUGAUUAUAUUCUUUAUAUCACUGUGUAGGCCACAUUCCAAGGGUAAAAUAUUGUUGCGUACCAAAAACAGCUCAGAUUUACCUAAGAUAUAUCCGAAGUACUUUAGUGACAAGCGGGACAUGGAAACUUUCGUCAAAGGUAUACAAAAACUUACUGAGAUUAUUAACACCCCCACUUUUAAAAAUAUUAAGGCCGAGAUGCGAAGGAUAAGUCACAAGGAUUGUGAUGAAACUGAAUUUUCUAGUGAUGAAUAUUGGGAAUGCAUGGCUAGAACUGUUACGUAUAACGUUUAUCAUCCAGUAGGAACAGCUAAAAUGGGGCGAUCUAUGGAUGAUUCGUCGGUUUUAGAUUAUAAGCUGAACGUGUACGGAGUGCAGCGACUAAGAGUGGCAGAUGCCAGUGCAAUGCCGACCAUACCAAGUGUUAAUACUAAUGCUGCAGUAAUGAUGAUUGCAGAAAGGGCAGCAGACUUUAUAAAAGAAACAUAUGGAUAUAGUCACAAAAAAGAUGAGUUAUAGCAAAUAUUGAAGGAAUCUAACAAAUUCUUACAUAAAUGCAAUUUACCAGUUAAGAUAAUCUAGACAAAUUAUAAUUGAAAUAAUACGAUUUGAAAUAACAGUCAGUAGGUCGUAAAUUAGCUCUUAUUGCACUGUUUUAGUGUUUAUUCUCAUGCAUUUCUACUACAUAACUAGUUAAAUUUAAUUAAAAACCGUUUAGUAACACUUUGUGUAUCGAAAAUAAAUAUUCCGAAGUAUUUAAAAUAUUAAAAAAACUAUUUUUUAUAUUUUCAUCUAAACUAUCCCGAGGAAAGUGAAAUCUAUGUAUGUAAUCUGUAAACAUUUUUAUCUAUGAAAAUCUGUCAAAGAAGUCACUGCUGUCAAUCCUGCUAUAAAUGCAAUGCAAUGUUUUCUAAGAAAUGUUUAUCUAUUUAUUAUAAUUUUCAUCUUGAUCGCGGUGUUUGAGGCAAUUGCUUCAAUUAGCAUUCUUGAUAAAGGUCUGGUCUCAUUGCACAAGAAUUCUGUAGGGCUUCAGUUCUACAUUGAUAUUGAAAAUCAGGAUCGAUUGUCUGGCUGUAGUGUGCACUCUUUGGCCAAGGAUUGCUGCUUGACUGACCCUGAAGAAGACUGCAAUACCAUGUCCGUGUUUGGUGGCUAUAAUUUUAUAAGACCCAAAGACCGGGAGACUCUUAUUUUCGUGUACCCUGUUAUACAUCAGCAUGACCAAUUCGGAUACUGUAAUUUUGUGCUAGACUAUCAGUGCGGGAGAAAUAGAAGAGCGAAGAGGCAGAAAGUGGAUAUAGUUUUUGAUACGCGAAUAAAUACAGAAAGAGGUAAACGUAAUAAUUUACUGGAACAUUACAUUGGAGACAGGAGCAAAACAGUCUGCGAUACUUUGGACCAGGAUUCCUUGAAUGAUUGUGAACCAGUCGAUUGUAACUUAAAAUAUUCAGGACAGAGGCCGUUCUUUGAUGGUUACGCCGGGAAGUGUGUUGAAGCGUCGAUUUGCGAGUCCAGUCCAGACAAUGAACUUCCCGACGUGGUGUAUGUACCGAGCAUAAAUAGCUGUCGAGACUUGGAACACCCGCUGACAGUCGGUGAUAUUUACGCAAUUAGCACUGGCAUGGGAGUGGUGACACCAUCACCCAAGCCAGACGAAGUCAAAGUCGAAGUGAGGUCAAACUGUUCAACGAUAUCUCAAAAUCUCAAGUUGCUGAGGGAUAUAAUGUACGGGAAGUUGUGUCCUAUUCUGAGGAGCGAUAUGACCGACUAUAGUAAAUGCUGUAAAUCGGCUCUGUUAUCUAUAGUGACGUGUAUUGUGGGGGUGUGUGCGUUGUUACUGUCGUUUGUGUGCUGCGUUCAAACAUCUGUAUGGGUGCACAAGAAAAUCACAGAAGGGGGUUUUAAGGAGUUUCUGGAGAGCUGUAAGGGAAAAUUUAAGAAUUCAAAUAAUAAUCAAAAUCAUAACGAUCCCAGAGUGAACAGUGAAGUCAGGAAUACUCUGCUGCGAGAGGUGAUAGUGAGAGACAUUCCAAUAGAGCUGAGGGAGAGUAUAGUGAAUGUUUGUGAGAGAAUGGGAAAGAAAGUGAAAAGGAAGAAACGGUACAGGCGAGCAGAUGUUGGGAGCCAAGUGAGCCUCACCCAAGUGGAGUAUGACGUCAGGACGACCACAGGCACUUCCUCGACGUAUUCGUCGGACGACUGCGAUGAACAACAUAAGCUAUUGCAAUAAAGAUGGUUGCCCAGUC